CUUUCUUGUUUUUUUUGGAUCUGUCCGGGCGAGUAUCACGGAAUGCUAGUAUGUCACACCUAGGGUGGCAGGUAAAAAGUGCGCGGAGCGUGCCUCGGGUGCAUUUUCGCACAGGUCUGGGCUUCUUGCGGGGUUUGUGGUGCUGGUGUAUUGCUGCAACGCCCAGGAGCACGCGCAACCGCUGCAGUUUCGCGCCAUAAGCAAGCUUAUCAGCACGACCACCGCUCACUGUGCCGCACGCAUGAGUUUCGCCGCCAUGAGCGCCCAGGUCGUGACGCCGGACGCCUACAACAAACUGCAGCAGGACCACGAGCAACUGCGCGCGAAGACGGCGCAGCUCGUCGGCCAAUUCAAAGCGCUAAAGGCCGAGAAGGAAGCUGCCGCGGCCGAGGCGGCGGCCAAGAACGACGCCGUCGUCGCGAAGACGCGGGAGUUGGUCGCGCGGUACAAAGCGUCACAAGCGGAGGUCGAGGACCUGCGGUCCAAGGCGGGCGCGCCGGACCCAGCAUUAGUGGAGCGGAGCCGCGCCCUCGCGGCGCGCUACAAGCAGCUCCAGGGCGAGAAGGCGGCGGCCGACGCCGAAAUCGCGAACCUCCGCAGCUCGACGAGCGAGGCCGAGGCCUCGUCCUUCGCACUAGAGACCACCAAGGCCGAGCUCGACGUCGUGCGCCGGGAACUCGACGCGGCGCGCAAGACGACGCAGGGGUUGCGCGCGGACGCGGAAUCGGCGAAGAAGGCGGCGGCGGCGGGCAGCGCCGAGGUCGCCGGCCUCAAGCAGCAGCUCGCCGCCGCGGGUAGCACGAGUAGCCAGGCGGUCGACGCCCUGCAAAAGGAGCUCGCCGCAGCGCGCGCUGACGGGGACGCUCUGAGGGGCGCCGACGCCGCCUCGCGCAAGGAGAUCGACGCCCUGAAGGGUGCGCUGGACGCCGCGCGAGCAUCCACGGGCGACGCCGAGGCCGCGGCGCGCCAGGAGGCCGACGCGCUGCGCGGCGAGGUCCAGGCCUCUCGCCAGGAAACCGAGACGCUCAAGAAGGCUCUCGAGGCGGCGCGGUCGAACGCGCACAAGGCCGCGAAGCAGGAAGCGGAGGCCCUGCGCGGCGAAGCGGCCGCGGCGCGCGGCGAGUGCGACAAGCUCAAGCAAGCGCUCGCCGCGGCACAAAAAAGCACCGGCGAAGCCGCCGCGGCGGCGGCCAAGGAGGUCGAGGCAUUGAAGGGCGAGGCCGCCAAGGCCCGGGAAGCCUUAUCCGCCGCCCGCGAGAACGCGAACGCGAAGUCCAAGGCCAUCGAGACCGCGCGCGCCGAGGCCAAGGCCGCGGUCGCCGCUGCGAAGUCGGAGGCCCAGGCAGCACAGGCAAAGCUCCAGGGCGAAGUCGACGCCGCCAAGGAGCAGCUCGCGACGGCGACCGCGGCGCUCGAGGCCGCGCGCCAGAGCUCGGGCGACGCGGCGAAGCAAACGUCCGCGGCGGUCGAGGCCGCGGGCCGCGAGGCCGAUAAAUUGCGCGGCGAGCUCCGGGCAGCGCAGCAGGCAGCCAAAUCCGCGGCGACCGAGGCGCAGCAGGGCGCGGCCAAGGCGGCGGCGGCCCUGGACGCGGCGAAGGCGGACGCCGCUGCCGCGACGCAGGAGGCCAAGAAGCUGCAAAGUGCACUCGCCGCCGCGCGCCAGGACGCCGGCGACGCCGCCUCCGCGCGCGAGGCCGCCGACGCGGCGAACAGCGAGGCCCAGAAGCUGCAGAGCGACCUCGCGUCGGCUAAGAAAACGAUCGACGAGCAGGCGCAGAAGCUCAAGGCCGCGGAGCGCGGCCGCGACGAGGCCGUCGCCGCUGCGGCGACGACGAAGACCCUCGCGGAGAAGACUGCGGAAAAGGCCGGCAGGGAGACCUCGAAGCUGAAGGAGGAACUUGCCGCCGCGCGCCAGGGCGCCGGCGACGCGGCGAAGCAGACGGCCGCGGCGGUCGACGAGGCGCGGGCCGAGGCGAAGGCGGCGCGCGGCGACGCCGACGCGGCACGGAAAGAAGCUAAAGCCGCCCAGGACGCGGUGGACGCGGCGCGCAACGAGACCAAGGCCGCCCAGGACCUGCUCGCGGCCGCGCGCGAGACGUCCGUCGCCGCCGCGCAAAAGCUAACCGAGGCAAUCGACGGCGCCGCUGCGGCCAAAAAAGAAAACGCGGCGCUGCGGGACGCGCUCGCCAAGGCGAGUAGCGGCGGCGGCGCCGCCGAGACCGAGGCCCAGCGCUUGAAAAAGGAGCUCGCCGCGCUGGGCGACCGCUUCGACGACGCCUCCGCUUCGUUGGAUGCCGCCAAGGCGGAGGCCGGCGAAAUCACGCACCAGCUCGAGACCUGCGUCGUGAAGAGCGAGGAGGCGGCGAAAACGUUAGGAGCCGCGCUUGAGGCCGCGAGGCAAGAGAACGACGCGGCGCGCAAGGAAAAUCUCCGCCUCGCGGGCGAGCUCGAGGACGCAAAGCAGGCGUUGCACGACGCGCGCGAUACUGCCGACCAGGCGACCGCGGGGUCCGCGGACGCCGUGGCCGCCGCCAAGGCGGAGCUCGAGCGCCUCGCGGGCGACGUGACGAGCCUGCGGUCGGAACUGAAGGAGAAGGACGCCCAGCUCAGUGUCGCGGCCGAGCUCGAGGCGAAGGCGAAGGCGCAGCUCGCGGAAGCCGAGGAUUCGGCGAAGCGCAUGCAGGCGGUGCAGCAGAGCGCCACGGCGACGCAGGCGCAGCUCGCCGACGCCGUCAAAGAGGCCGUCGACAACAAUGAGGUCCUCGCGCGGGAGCUGAAGGCGCGCGACGACGAGCGGGCGGCGCUCGAGGCGGACCUCGCCGCCGCCAAGGGCGAGCUCGAGGCGGCGCGCACCGAGGCCGGGGCGGCCGGCGACCGAGAGGCGCUGGAGACAGCGGCGGCCGCGCGAGAGGAGGCGUGGCGGGCCGAGGUCGACGAGCUCAAGGCCAAAGUAUCUGAACUCGCCGCGGCCAAGGCGGAUGUCGUCGACGUGCUGCGGCGCGCGAAGGCCGCGGACGGCACCGAGCUCGCUAAGGCAAAGGCCGAGGCAGCGGACGCGAAGAAGCGGCUCGCCGAGGUCGAGGCCGCGGCGCAAUCGUUAAGGAGCGGCGCCGACGCCGUCCGGCAGAAGUUUCAACAACUGGAGAGCGAGAACGCGACGCUGCGGGCAAAUGGAAACGGCGUCGAGUUCGAGCCCGAGGACCGGUUUGUGUACCUCAAAAACCUCAUGUGCGAGUACCUCGCGACGGCCCCCGAGGACUCCGCGCGCGCGCCGAUGGAGCGGGCGAUGAAGGCCGUGAUCGGCUUCGACGAUUCCGACGCGAAGCGCCUCGAGGCGAAGAAGGCCGAGCACGCGAAGCGGGCGCUCGGCGGGCUGGCGGUGUUCUUCGGCGGGAGCGGGUAAGAUUACUACUAGUA